GUCAUCUCUGCCUCUCCAGACUCGGCAGUGGUGAGAGCAGCUCAGAGAUUUCAGAGGCGCAGGGAUGGAGAGGAGGGCAGUCCGGUGUCCCCCCUCCUGCUCCAACACGGCCCUAAACAGAGAGCAGAGGGUGCGAUGAUGGGGGCCUGCUUCCCCCUGGCAGGAGGGGGGGAGGGGGCAAUCAAAGUUUGCAGCUUGGACAUACAGCCACACCUCAAAGGCGAUCUGCCAGCUGGAUCUGCUGGCAGUUCUGGGAUAGUGCCUUCCAUGCGUCUCUGUUGAAAUCCAGGUUUUCUCCACAUUCAUGAGGACCAAGAUCAGAGGAUCUACAACACUAAAGGACAGAGGAUUAUCUAUUCAGACAGGGGUUGCUGCUAAAACUCUGUGCUUGUUAGCGACCUGGCUGCACGGCGUUUGAGAAUGGGGAACGCCGUGCGGGGAAUGGUCGCCUUCAUCCCCUCGGAUCGCUGCCAGCGCUAUGUAGUUGGCGACCUGACGGAGAUGCCCCUGGACCGCGUGCUGGACCUGAGCGGCCGGCAGCUGCGCCGCUUCCCCCUGGCCGUCUGUGCGUUCGGCGAGCUCAUGCGCCUCUACCUGAGCGACAACCGCCUGCGCAGCCUCCCGGCUGAGCUGCGCCAGCUGCAUGAGCUCCAGCUGCUGGCGCUGGACUUCAACUGCCUGGAGGAGCUGCCAGCAGCCGUCUGUGGGCUGCCACAGCUCAACACGCUGUACCUGUGCAACAACCGGCUGUGGCGGCUGCCCCGUGAGCUGGGCUGGCUGACAGAGCUGCGCACACUGUGGCUGGAAGCCAACUGCCUGCACGAGUUCCCCCAGGUGCUCUGCGAGCUGCCCAACCUCAGGGCCCUGCACCUGGGCUAUAACCAGCUGCGCAGCCUCCCCCGGGACCUGGGCCGGCUGGGGGAGCUGCGCAGCAUCUGGCUGGCGGGGAACCUGCUGCCAGAGUUCCCACCGGUGCUGCUGGACAUGCAGCUGCUGGACGUGAUCGACGUGGACCGCAAUCGCAUACGCCGCUUCCCCAGCCUGGCACAUCUGCGCAACCUCAAGCUGGUCAUCUAUGACCACAACCCGUGCAUCAACGCGCCGGCCGUGGCCGAGGGCGUGCGCCGGGUGGGCCGCUGGGCAGACUGUGAGGACGACAGCGAAGAGGAGGAGGAAGAGGCGGAGAAGCGGGCCGAAGAGGCACAGGGGGAGGAGCAGGAGCAGGAGCUGCCUGAAACCACAGUGAAGCACAGUGAAGCAGAGUAGGACACUGCAGAGGACUGUACCAAGAGCAGCCUGAGGUCGGCGUUGGACAUUUGCCGGAGAAACAUUUUUGACACUCAGUGGAACUGAUAAGGUUCAUUGAGUGUCGAACGACGCGAUACUGUAGAGACACCGGUUCACCAGGGCAAGACAGCCAACGCGUGGCACCAGAGAACAUCGAUGAUGGAUGAGCAAUUCCAACCAGCACCCCCUCCUGUACUGAAUUAUGCAUAACCCCGUCGACAAUUUUGGGUCUUUAGUUUCAGCGGAAGACUAAUGGACUCUCAUGCCAUUCCCAGGGUCCUGUUAAUGAGAAAGAUAUAUACUCUUUCGGAAAUUUCUUCCAAGGUCCAUAAAGGCCCUCUCAUUGUUUGAAAAUUACUCAGCGCCAGAAUGGAAAUGCCUUAGUGCGUUAGCGCUUGGCUCCUUAAUCAUGUCGUGGAAUUCAAUUUACAAAAUGGCGGCAUUUUAAUGUUGCUGACCUUUUGUGGAUAUAGGAACAUGGACGCAAACUUGACCCGAACAACUGAUAGAAGCUGUAAACAAAAACUCAAGACCAUCUGUUAUUAGAGCCAGACAACAUCAAUAUCAUCUUGAUUCACAGUAAUGUGGUUCUCAACUCUACUGCUGGCUUCAUGUAGCUAAAACUGUAAUCAGUCACACUGGUCGGUCCUACAUUAUAUUAUCUGCUUUAAAUUGGAGUUAUUACACAACCAACACUUAAACUCACUGUGUUUGUGGCACGGAUGAUCAGUUUCAUAUGUACUUUUACAAAAUGCUGGAAAAUAAAGUAUCAAACUAUUU